CCCUCAUUAUUAAAACUCAAUAAACUCUUUCAACUUUCUCCUCUCAUCUCUCACCCUGCACGCCCUGCUUUGAUUUCUACUCAUCAGUAAAACUCAAUAAACCCUUUCAACCCGCGUAUCUCUCACCGUGCACACCCUGCUUUGAUUUCUAUUGCUCUUCGCCUCCAGGUUUUCGUACUUCCAGGAGAUCCAUUGCAGCUAAGAAACGAAAAAAAGGAAAAGAAAGAAAGAUAGAAAGAUGAGCAGUUUCCGGAGAUUUGAACUCAUCGACCACUCACCAUUUCUUCCAGCUUUCUUUGAGAAGGAGACCUCUCUUUUCUCCACCAAAUCCCUCACUCUAGACCACCCAUAUUUUCCGUCAUUUCCCCUCGAACACGAGCUCGACUUCACUCUCGAUCUCCUAAACCCCGCACCUAAACCUCUCCCCGCUCUUCUUGAUUUUCCUUCUCCCUCUCUCUUCGAUACAUUCCACACCAUCACCGAUCUGACCCAGGUCGAGAAAACCCCUUUCUGCAUCUCCACUCGCCGAGUCCAGCACCGCGUCGAUCAGGUCGGACUCCGAACCGAGUUCUAUCUCCAGAGGCUCUGCGAUCGCGUCUCUGCUCUGGAGCUAAGCUUUGACCGAUUGGCUAAAGAGAAGAAGUCGAAGGUCGGGGAGAGGAAGUACACGUGGACUGCGGAGAUCAAGGCUCCGGAAGAGGACGGGGUUGACCGGAAGUAUAAAUGGACGUCUGAGAUUAAGGAUGGGAAAAAGAAGGGACAUCUGGAGAAGAACUACAAGUACACGGCCGAGAUUAAAGGCAAGGGCGAGGAUUCUCCCAUCUCCCGGAAAUACACCUUCACUGCAUCAACUGGCGAUGCAGGCGAGAGCAGCGGAAAAGAGAAAAAAGAUGUAGAAAAGAAAGAUAAGAAGAAGAGGGACAAAUCCGAGAAAUCCACGGGUGGAUGCUCCACCCGUAUAGUUGAGAUCCAAGAGGAACCAUCCCAUCAUGGGGCCCUCGUCUUGAGACAGGCAUUUGCGAGGAGAGUGGACAGGUCAAGGGGGAAGAGGAAGGAGUUGUCUCCAAAUGAUGCUGCUAUAAAGAUACAGCUGAGCUUCAAGGCUUAUCUGAUAAAGAGGUCCAAGGCAUUGCGGGCCCUUCGGGAGUUGGCCAUUGCAAAGUCUAAGCUCAAGGAGAUUAGAGCUUUGUUCAACAACUUCUCUUACCGCCGCCGCCUGGCCCGGGAUACCGAGGAGCGUCAGAGGUUCUCCGAAAAGAUCAUCGUGCUUCUCCUCACGGUUGAUGCCAUUGAGGGAGCUGAUGUGCUAGUUCGAGCUGCCAAAAAGUCUAUGGUGGAUGAGUUGGAGGCAAUGCUUGAUGUUGUGGAUCCCCAACCUGCUGGAAGAUCCCUGUCCCUGAAGAGGAGGACAUUUGAUAUGCCCGAUGCUGUCAUCCAGAAAGAACUUGCUGCUGGUGUUGCACAGGUGGUGCAGAUGCUGGAUGAAGAGGCAAAUGGUUCUGAUACAAUUUAAGCGAGCUUGCAAGUCUGUUAACAGGUCGUCGGUUGCUUUCUAUCGAAAGAGGAGUUCCCAUGUCUCAACGCAAAGAGCUACUACACAAAGAGCUACUACAUGUUGUAUAAUCAUGUGUGAUCUUUGGGGUGGAAGUGUAAUGCUUGGAUAUGCAAUCAUUUUAUUUCUCCUGACUGGCUUCUCAGAGUCUUGGACUGAUUCUCAUAGUUGAUCCCAACUGUGUUCUUGAUUUGCCUUCAAUUUCUUUUUGAUCACUGACAUAUAUUAUCC